AUGCCGUUGAYUCUUCUACRAAUURACUGUGCGUACAAUUGUASACUAGAACGCGAAUGGUACUACCGUAAGACUAAAGCAUUUACAUCUUAUGCAUUCAAUGCAAGAACAUACAAAUACAGCCAUGAACGAGAAAAAUAUUUUGGCCCAGAAGACUGGGGUGAGGUGUCUAAAGUAUGCAAAGACGGCAAAGCACAGUCCCCAAUCAACAUCAUUUCCAAAAAGGCAACAAAGACAAAGUUUGGAYCUUUGAAGCUCAAAUUUAAAACUGAAAACAAYAAUGAUCUUUUCUCGGGUUCAUUUGAGAAUAAUGGUCACGCACCAACAUUCACUUUGAAUGCAAAAUCAGGAAACAUCUCCAUCAAAUUCGACAAGAAGAAGUAUCUCUUGCAUCAGUUUCAUUUUCAUUUUGGAUGUAAAGACAGCCAAGGUUCUGAACAUACCAUUGACAAAAAGGCAUACGAUGCUGAGAUGCAUUUAGUAUUCCGUAACAAAAAAUACAAGUUCGAAAAAGCGACGCAGAAAAAAGAUGGCUUAUUGGUGAUUGGAGUUCUUAUCAAGAAGAGUGGUUUUUACAAUAACAACGGUUUGGAUGGUCUUCAGUUACUGGGCCUUUUUUCCGUCCUUGUGCACGGCGUGCCAAAGAUUACUACUGACCUGUCUUUGAAGAAGCUGAUACCAGCCUUGGCGUAUAAAAAGAAACAAGACGCGCCUGCGUACUAUACGUAYAAGGGAUCUCUCACAACACCAGGCUGCUAUGAAUCUGUUCGUUGGGUCAUUCUGAAAGAACCAAUCAAAAUCGGCAGUUACUUGAUGAAUAUUAUUCGACGAUUACAGACAAAAAUAGGUCAUAGCUUUAAACAUUUAUGCAACAACUACAGACCAACUCAAAAGMUCAACAAGCGCAAAGUAGAGAUCUUUGAGUCUAAAAAGAAGAAGAAUCAGAACGAAGAUGAAGAGAGCGAAGAUGYAGCGAGUGGUUCGAAUGUUGGUUCGAGUGAAGAUGAUGGCAGUAGUGAAGAUGAAUUUGAUUAGUCUGACAGUCUGACAAGAGUGAGGUGGUAAAACGGCUGUGCACAAAAUGGUAUUGGGAAAAUUUGUUUCAUAAAAUGUCAUUCGUCUGCUAAGAACGUUCAAACGUUUAUCAUUUUAUUAUUAUUAAAUAAUAAAAAUWAUUAUAUUA